AUGGCGACGAGGCCUGAAGGAACUGGUGGCACAGCUCCUCAUCAUUCCUGGUUUCAUUUCCAAUCAGAAUAUGAAAUCUUUCAGCCAAUGUCAGAAUGGCAACAAAAAGGAGAAUCUGAUGUUCUAAUUCUUUAUCUCCCUGGUUUCUUGAAGGAGCAACUUAAGGCUGAAACUGACCGGAAUAUUAUCAGGGUUAGUGGAGAACGCCUAGUUGCCGGUAACAAGUGGAAUCGCUUCCGGGAGGAAUUUCAGAUUCCAGAAAACUGUGAAACGAAAUCAAUUCAUGCAAAGUUUCACGGAGGAAUUCUCACCAUUACACUGCCAAGAAAGACUGGUGGUACUAUUGGAGUCAAAGACGAAAAGAGAGACUUCCAAGAACCCGUCCUUCAAUCAAAAACCGCAAGUGAUCCAAAGCCUCAACAGGAACGCGAUAAUAGUCCUGCGAAUGUUAAUCCAACAAUUAGCAGCGGAAAACCAACAGACGAGAAAAGUUUAGAACCCUCAACCCCUCAGAAGUCACGGUUGAAGGAAGAAAACGACGGAAAGCGUACGCAACCGAGAGUUGCUGAAAAUGAUGAAGCAAAAGCAAAGCCUAUUACACCAGAAAAACCGCUUGAGAAGAUUGUUGAGCAGAAAAGCAGGAGCACAGAAAAAAGUAAAUUACCAACUGAUGCUGAAAUUGUCACCAAAAUGAUUGUUGAGAAGGAAAAUACGAAGAAAGAUCAAGCAGUUGAGGACAAAGAGUCGAAAGGAAAACAAAGAAUCGAUCCAUCUAUCGGUGAUCGUGCUAUCCUUGCACUCGAAAAGUAUAAGAAAGCAGUGAAAGGGCUUGUUGAGUUCAAAAAACAGAGACAACUUCUGGUGAAUAUGGGUGCAACCGUGCUAGUUAUUUUGGCACUUGCUGCUCUUGUCUCCUACAUCUUUAAAUCUGGGAAAGCCGAACACUAA